AUGGAGGAAGAACUCAAGAACUUCAUGAAGGUUUGGGUUUCAGCAAUAAUCUCAAUAUCAUAUUGUUACUACUUAUCAACCAGAAUCAAAUCUGGUGUUUUUCGAUUACUCUCUGUUCUCCCGGUUUGUGCUCUGUUUCUUUUCCUUCCUCUGUUUUUCUCCUCUGUUCACUUCACUGGUUUCACUGCGUUUUCCCUCACAUGGCUGGCUAAUUUCAAGCUCAUCCUCUUCUCUUUCGAUAAUGGUCCUCUUUACCCAUUUCCCCCUAAUAUCUCUCAGUUCAUCUGCUUCGCUUGCUUCCCCAUCAAGCGUCAACAAAACCCUAAAUCUCAAACCCAAUUUCCCAAAUGGGUUUUUGCCAUUAAAGUUGCCAUCUUUGGUAUAUUGUUACGUACGUACGAUUACAAACAAUAUAUUUCUCCCACUGUGCUAUUAAUUCUCUAUUGUUUGCAUAUAUACUUGGAGUUUGAGAUUCUCUUAGCUCCCUUGAAAGUUCUGCUCAGUUUCACUCUUGGGUGUGACCUGGAGCCACAGUUCAAUGAGCCAUACUUAUCCAUCUCCCUUCAAGACUUCUGGGGUCGCCGUUGGAACCUCAUGGUCCCGGCGAUCCUCAGGCCGGCCGUCUACGUCCCGGUGCGACGAAUCACCGAGCGGAAAAUGAACUCCGAUAAGGCUCUCUUCUUGGGAGUUUUUGCCACUUUCCUUGUCUCCGGUGCGGUUCACGAGUUGAUCUUCUUCUAUUUUACCCGUGAAGCACCUACCGGAGAAGUCACUUGGUUCUUUGUGUUACAUGGAGCUUGCACUGCCGUGGAAGUAGCGGCGAAGAGGACGAGCUUGUUCCGACGGUGGAAGAUUAGUCUGUUGGUUUCACGACUGCUCACAGUGGGGUUUGUGGGUUUGACCGGUGGUUGGUUGUUUUUCCCUCAGCUUACAAGGAGUGGCAUGAUCGAGAGACUCUCUAACGAAGCCUUUUUGUUCAUUGAUUUCUUCAAGCGCAAGUUUCAUUCUUCUUACUUUUGGAUGAUUGAUCGCUAA